UAUGGAGAUGACAUUUUGCACUUCAAUCUAAGGUAAAGUAAAAAACACCAGAAAUUGUACGAAUAAGACCACAAAGACCAAAAUCAGCAUUUAAUGAAAAUGUUUGCACAGCUGGAGUCUAUGAUAACAGGUAGAAAACACCUGUAACCUGCACAUCUCUAAUGUAAAUCAGGGCUCGUGAGCUAGCUUAAUUUCUUUCAUUAAAAUAUAUGAUGACAGAUGGGAGGCCACAUAUUUGAUUACUGUCACCCUUAGAGAGAUUUGUUUGGUUCAUUAAUGGCUCAUUCAUGGUACUUUUCCUCAUCAGACCAUGGACGUGAGCACUAAACCCUUGUCUUACGAGCUCCUGACAGAGGUUGGAAGGGGCACCUAUGGGACUGUCUAUAAAGCCAGAGAAGUUGAUGGGAAAGAGCGCCUCCUGGCGGUGAAGAAAAUCAACAUUCACGCACACACAGCAGGGGAAGGGAUCCCUGCCUUCAUGAUCCGAGAGGUGGCGCUGCUGCGCAAAAUGAAUUACUUCGACCAUCCUAACAUUGUCAAGUAAGUUUACAAACUCUGUGAUUCAUCGAUUUUGUUUUCUUCGAUGCAUCCGGCCCAAACUUGGUGUAAUCUUAUGCAAAGAUCAUGCACAAAUGGUUUCGAAGUUUAAAUGUCGAAUUAAGGUUAAAAGUUGUUGAUUCAGUUUACGUAAAACAAAGUUAAAAGAAAUACAGCAGAAAAAUAAGUAGAUUUCAUGUUAUUUUCAUGUACAUACAUAUCAUUAUUCAUAUAAUAUGUAUUGAGAGACAUAUUUUCAUGUUACUGUGCCCUGCUGAUGUAAUCCACUAGGCUUCUGGAGGCGUCAGCUGUAACCGAUGGCAGGAACCUAAACCUCACUCUGAUCCUGGAAUACAUCGACCAGGACCUGUCCACCUACCUGGACAAGGUUCCUGCCUCUGGAUUGAGCCGUGACUGCAUCAAGGUGUGACCCCAUCUCCUGACCUCUCCUAGUGUACUUUGAGUUAACCUCACAUAUCUGGAGAGAAAGGUAUAUGAAUGUUGACACAAUGGCAUGUCUACCCCACCGAUUCCUCCGAGAUAUAUUCUUUUUUUUUUUCUGCUCAUGGCCAUCACAACUUAUAUUUUGGUUGAAUUAUUAGAUUUAUUGUUUUUUUGUGAACAACUUUAACUAUAGUUUGGUAAAAAGAGAAUGCUGCUUUUAUAAUAAUGCAUCAGAUUUCAUAUAGCACUUUAUCAGAGACCCUCAAAGCGCUUUACAUUGGAUACAUCAUUCAUUCGCUCACACAGUCACACCUUGGUGGUGGUAAACUGCGUUAGUAGUCACAGCUGCCUUGGGGCAGACUGACGGAAACGUGGCUGCCAGUUUGCGCCUACGGCCUCUCCGACCACCACCACCACAAAACACUCACAAUCAUACACCAGUGGAGGACUCACACUGGGAGCAAGGUGGGUUAAGUGUCUUGACCAAGGACACAACGGACAGACUCGGGAUAGGGGGGAAUUGAACCACCAACUUUCCAGUUAUUGGACAACCACUGUACCUCUUGAGCUACUGCCGCUCAAGAGUUGAGUUUUAUCCUAGAGUUGAAUAUGUUUGAGGGAACCCUUGAAUGCACCAGAAAGAAGCACAGAUUCUGGCUCGAUAGAGGCAUCGUGUAUCCUGAUCAACUAAAGCUGACAUACAUAAGACUAUCAGUACUCUGGGAUGUUAAGAGACAAUUGAACGUUCUGUGAUGUUUCCUCUCUGUGUAUGCAGGAUAUGACACAACAGCUGCUGCAAGGAUUAGACUACCUCCACUCAAAUAUGGUGCUGCACCGGGACCUGAAACCAGAUAAUAUCCUGGUCAACAGUCGGGGAGAAGUCAAGAUUGCAGACUUUGGACUGGCACGCAUCUACACCUUCAAUAUCGCUCUGACUCCAUGUGUGAGUGAGGUCACACACACUGUUAAAUGAUAAGAAAAGAUGAGCUUUAAAGAGAUGAAUGACGAGUACAGACUGUAAAAUAGUUGCAUACAUGUGUAUUCAUAUUGUGCCUGCGUUUCUGUCCGUGUCCAGGUGGUGACGCUGUGGUACAGAGCUCCUGAGGUGCUGCUCAACUCUGUUUACAUGUCCUCAGUGGACAUGUGGAGCGCCGGCUGCAUUUUUGCUGAGCUCUUCCUCUUGAGGUGAAGAGAGCUUGAGUGUUGUCUGGCUGGAUGAGAUAUGCAGCUCUUUAUUUCAGUAACUCUCUACAGCUCUCACAUUAAAGACAAAGUCACCAUGAGGUAUUUGUUCUCUCACAGGCCGCUGUUUAAGGGCUUCACAGAGGUGCAACAGCUGCAAAAGAUCUUUGAGUGAGUUUUUCUGUUCUUUAUGUGUGUCGAGAAUUUCAAUCUUGAGGAAAUGAACCCCAGUGUUUUAUUUUGCAUUAAAAAUAGUGAAAGUAUCAGUCAUCAGCAGCUGUUUUCCUUUAUUAGUCUUUGCUCUACUCUGUCUGUCAGAGUGAUCGGUUUGCCAGACAAGGAGGACUGGCCCGCAGACAGCCCCAUCUCAUAUUCUGUCAACUGGGGACCAAAAAUCUCCAGCAUUAAGCUGCUUAACAACCUGGGACCAGAGGAGAACAACCUGCUAUCUGUGAGCCGAUCUAUUUAUUCUGUUUUUACCUUUUUUUUUUUUUUUUUUAACAUAAUAUUCAUUUGGAAACGUUGGGCAGCAUUUUUAAGUCAUUGUUAUCGGUGCAAAAACAAAACAAAACAUAAAAAUAUGAUUGAAUCAUUAAACUGCUCUCUAUGAAUAGUCUCCUAACAUGCCCACAGUCACAAAACCAAAUAAUACUUGCAGCUAAGGGAAAUCAUGGCUAGAGGUGUCCCGAUGCAACUUUUUUACUUCUGUUACAAUACCGAUAUUGUAGACGUCAAUAUUGGCCGAUCCCGAAAUUGAUCUGAUAUUGGCAUAGAAUUGUGAAUGACAAGUAUUGCACUCAGCUGCAAUGUCUUUUUUGGAUUUAAACAAAAAAUACCACCACAAGGCCGACAUCACUCCUAGUCCUUGCUACUUUGUUAGUACCUUAGUACACACUGUUGUUGUGAUUAAAUGGGCUCUACAUGCUGGAUCCGGGUGCUGCUAGAUACAAGUGCUGGAGCGGAGUCUGGAAUGGUACUCUGAUACUGCUUGUACUAGAAUGCUGAUAUCAGAGAUUUUAGAUGCAAGCUUGUAUAAUUCGAUAUUUGUUUUUCUUUUUGCUGAUAUCAGACCGAUAUCUGAUAUCAAUAUCGUAUUGGUGCACCCCUAAUCUAACCCAAUCUGAAACUCCACUCUUGAGCCUAAACUGAACCUUCACAGGCUCAAACAACAUUAAGUCCAUUAGUGCGUGAGGGUGGUGUAAAAAUGAAGAUGGGACACUCUAUCAUGACUGUCUGGAAACAGGAUGUUUCGCUAAAUGAUGAAACCUGUGAGUCUAAAGUGAACUCUGAGUGAGUCAAGCAGGAUAGUCUGCAGAAACAUGCAGAGACUCAUGCAGGGUGUGCAGUUUGGUACUAAAGCCUUUACAGAAGCUAAAUCAGAUGAAAUCCUAAAAGAUCAUAGCAGCCGCACUGAGACUUCAGCUUUCAUUUCCUUCAAACUGUUCAGGUAAACUGUGAAUGUUUUUCUCUGCAGCAAUGUUUGGCAUUCAGACCAAGCAGUCGAAUCUCUGCCGCCAAAGCCCUGGCUCAUCCUUUCUUCAAGGAGCACUAAAGAUUUCACUCAAAAGCUGCACUGGAAGAAGAAAAGCUUCUCCCACCGCUUUCUCCUCAGCCUCUGUCAUACUCUAAGCUUAACAUUCAGGAAGUAGAAACCCCAUCAAAGUUUAGAAAAGCAGAUUUUAACAUCUUUUCAUCAGCAUCAUUACAUACCGAUCAGUUCUGAGGGAUGAACAUAAACAUGG